AGCUGGAGUGUUCAGGACUGAGGCAGCUCUUCAUUGGAGCUCCGCUCUGGCGCUGGAGAGACCGAAGAAAAGCUGCUCUCUGCAGACCGACUCUCAGCGCAUCUGUCAAGCACCCAAUGGCAAGCCAAAUUACUCAAAGGAAAUAAAUGGUGAGCUUUGAUACGCUUUUUUUAAGGGCAAAUAUUUGGACGGCGACGUCGCGAAGAUGGUGCGUGAAGUUUACGGCAGUCUGCGGAAAGAAGAGCACUUCGCUCGGCUGCUUCUGCUGGCGGUGGCGGGGUUUGGGGUCUUCAUGCAUGAAGUCACGGCUUUUCCUGCCUGGAGAUUUGAGGAAGAAACUCUCAUGUCUGGAGUUUUAAUAGUUGGAAUUCGUAAAGAUGCCCGCUCCCAUGUGCUUCACCUUUCCAGAAACAAACGCUACACACUCACUCCAGAGAAACUUAAAUGGGACCAAUUCAAGCUCACCUACAAACUGCUGUCAUUUCCAAGGAAUCUGUUGAACGCCAGUGACACGAGGAGAGGCAUAUCUAAAGCCUUCUCCAUGUGGAGUGACGUAUCACCCUUCAGUUUCCGUGAGGUUCCUUCUGACCAGGAGGCUGACAUCAAAAUCGGUUUCUACUCUGUAAUCCACACUGACUGUCUGCAGUCGUAUCUGCACCACUGUUUCGAUGGCAUCACCGGUGAACUGGCACACGCUUUCUUCCCCCCCACCGGAGAGAUCCAUUUUGACGAUGAUGAGUACUGGAUUUUAGGAAACAUGCGUUUCAGCUGGAAUAAAGGAGUUUGGCUGACUGAUCUAGUUCACGUCGCAGCUCAUGAGAUCGGUCAUGUACUGGGUUUGAUGCAUUCCCAGAAUCCCAAAGCUUUAAUGCACCUCAAUGCAACACUGACGGGCCGUAAAUUCAUCACUCAGGAUGAGGUCUGGGGAUUACAUCGACUCUACGGCUGUUUGGAUCGUUUAUUUAUCUGUCCAGCAUGGGCGAGGAAGGGUUACUGUGACAGUAAGAGGAGACUCAUGCAGAAACACUGUCCAUCCAGCUGUGACUUCUGUUAUGAAUUCCCAUUUCCCACUGUCUCCCCAACUGCAACCCCCCCACGGACAAAAUACAAGUUUGUUGCAGAGGGCAAGAACCUGACCUUCCGCUGUGGUAAGAAGAUAGCAGCAAAGAAAGGAAAAAUCUACUGGUAUAAAGAUGGUGAGCUGCUGGAAUUUUCUCACCCCGGCUACAUUUCCCUGAAGGACGACCACAUAAGUAUUGUGGCAAAUGCCAUCAACGAGGGCACGUACACCUGCGUUGUGCGCAAGAAGAGCAAGGUGCUCACCACGUACUCUUGGAGGGUACGAGUGCGCUUCUGAUAGCCAGAUCAUUAGUACAAAGAGACCAGAUCCAAAUCACCCAUCCCUGUGUUCUGACUGAAUGAGAGGGUUCUGACAUCACUCCUCUUAGGACAGACAUACUGUUGAAGAAACAGAAGAUACUAAUGUAAAGAUCAGGUUUAAACUGGCCCCCUGCUGACUUGGGCACAUGUUUAUACACAAAAUUAUCAAACGUGUUUAAUGUCUUGUAUGUGGUGUAACUACAUUUCUUAUUUGCCAAAUAAAACAAUUUAUUCUGUGA